CGAUCUAACGUUUCAGCACUUGAUUGCGUUGGUGGAAACUAUGGGCUUUCAGAACUGGCUUAAUUCAGUGUGGAGUGAGAGUGCAGAAUGCAGGCAGGUUCUCUGGGCUCUUCGAACCCCCACUCCCAGCUGCAGAAUGAGACCCAGCCCCAGGCCCCGCAGCUGGUGAAACGCCCCUCCCAUGUCACCUCUGCCACCCCAGCCAAGAAGAUCACCUUCUUCAAGAGCGGCGAUGUCCAGUUUGGCGGCGUGAGGAUGGCCAUCCACCGGCGGAGCUUCAAGUCCUUCAACGCCCUCCUGGACGACCUCUCCCAGAAGGUGCCUCUGCCGUUUGGCGUGCGGACCGUCACCACCCCGCGGGGGAUCCACAGCAUAAACUGCCUGGAUCAGCUGGAGGAUGGAGGCUGCUACCUCUGCUCCGACCGCCGGCCGGUCAAGCCCAUCAACAUGGAGGCGGCAGGGAAACGGCCGGCCGUGUGGCACCACAGCCAAUCCCACAACAUUCGCAGGAAGCCAUCCCGCCCAGAGGACGGCCCUGCCCCACACUCUGGCCACCGGUACCACCGGCACCCCAGACGGAUCGUGCUGGUGAAGAACAAUGACCCAGCGGUACGAAGGUCCAUCAUUUUGAGCCGGCGAACGGCGAGGAGUCUUCGGGUCUUCAUGGACGAGAUCUCCGAGCUCAUGCAGUGCCACAUCAGGAAGCUGUACACUCUGGAUGGCCGCAGGAUUGACAGCAUCCAGAGCCUCGUGCAGUGUCCCAGUGUAUUAGUAUGUGUGGGACGAGAACCCUUCCGGCCCCUCCUUGUGGAGAGCUUGAGGAAAAGUUCAGAUGAAAAGCUUCCAGGCCUGGGAACGAGGUCACGAUCCAGCACCAACAGCGAGGGUCAGGACAGCAAGAAGAAUGUGAAUUUUGGACUUGAGACAAAGAAGAGUAUCAUUCACCCAAGAUGGGAUUCCAGCAACAGGUCAACCAGGUUUUCCCUGUCCUCAGAAAAAUCCUGUCACAAUGGACUCAACAUGUCUCCGGGCAACUCUGGCUGCGUUGGUUCUUGCCCCCAUGCCAAAGAAAGGAUGAUGAACGAUGACAUUGAGAAAAGGGUACUUGUGAACAAGGAUGGCAGCCUUUCAGUGGAAAUGAAAGUGCGUUUCCGUCUGCUGAAUGAUGAGACACUUCAGUGGUCCACUGAGAUUAAGAAAUCUGCAGCAAAUGUCAGCGACUGUUGUUCGGGAAAGGGAGACGAACCGUGCUUUCUUCCGCAAGGCAAAUCAGAAAGCUGUUCGGAGCCAGAAUCCGCUUCCCAGUGUGAAGCUGAACUCAGCCGAACGCACCUGGAUGAAUCGCACUGUCAGAACUGCUGCAAUCACUGCCAAGAAUAUGACAUUUGGAAGAACCCUAUGCAUGGGGACGUGGCAGCAGUCAGGGAUAUUAGAUCCUGUUCCAGUUCCAGUGGAUGCUCUCGUAAAAUUGUAUGUAAAAAGGAAUCCGUGAACAGCAUGCACACCAUAUCUCGAUCUAGUGAGGAGUACACUGAGCAUGUUGUUGAAAAAGCGACUUGCUUUCAACAGACGGUUGAGGACGGAGACACGAGAGUAGAGUACUGCACCAUCAGUCGCUGCUGCAGCCGUAGUGGUGCAUGUGCAGCAUCUGCAACCUCCAAGAGCGGGACGUCAAAUGAGGAACACUGUGAGGGCACUGACAAUGACGAUACCAGACCUCACACUGCUGGUUCGGUCGAAUCUAAGGGCUCACAUAAAGAUCGAGUCAGUUUCAAAAUCACCCAGGUAUCAGAAGAACGUCCAGGUUCCGCAAUUAGUAAUUCUUCCAAGGUCUUGGAGUCACUUAAAGAGGACCUGGAUGAUGAUGAUGAUGACCUUCCACCAAGUGUGUCCAGGGCGUCUUUACGGUCUCAGAAGCACAACGCAGAGGACUACAGGGCAGUUGAAAGUGUCACAUCAAAUGGUUCUGCCAAUAACCCAGCUGCAAUGUACCAGUUAUUACCCAGGCCUCCAAGCAAAGCAUCUGUGUGCUCUGCUUGCUCAUUAAAGCUUCAGAGGGCCAGUAAGACUGUAUCCCCAUCACCAGAUGUACUUGACGUUGAGGUGGCUCAGGAGGAGAGUGAUGAAAGGGUAGAUGGCACUACAUCUGCUGCGCCUGCUGUCUCUGACAUUUCUUCUGGAUCCAGAAAAUCCCACAGAUGUCACUGUGGAGCAGCGUCUCCACAAUCUGUUGCGUCAGAGAUGCAGAAUGGAGGUGUGGCAGAGGGUGAGGAGGAGAACAGAGCAGUCAGCACAUUGUCAAAGUGUAGUGCAGCCUCAGAGGCAUCUAGAAAAUCUCAACAAAGUACAAGGGCCUCAAGGAUAUCCAGAAACUCACUUAAAUGUCAACACUGUAAUGGAUGUGACAGGAAAUCCACACCUGUAUCUACAGCAUCUAAGAGCCCUGCUCCUGUAGAUUUUAAUGAGGCAGAGGAAGAGGCUGGACCCAGAUCAGUUAGCGUGGUGUCAGCCAGGACAAAUACGUCCAUGAAGUCCAACAGAUCUGAAUGCACUGCUUUGAAAGGAGCAGAUACACCAGUGUCCGAGAUCUCUGAAAAACAGGAUGAAGAGAAGGCAAGAGACAGAGCUGUUAGCUCCAUGUCAGUCAAAUCAAAUGCUUCGUCAAGCUCUGUGAGGUCCAAAAAGCAUGUCUGCAAUGUCUGUGGUAGGUCUACUGCAGGAUCAAGGGCAUCAUGUAAUCCUGGAGAGGAUGGGAUUGAAGGAGGAGCUGUUUCCACCUUGUCAGUCAAAACAAACACCUCUGCAAAAUCAAGGUCUGGGGGACCAUCAAAUCCAGAAUCAGUGGCAUCAGAAAAUGCCAAUGGACAAGAUCUUGAGGAAGCACCAGAGGACACAGAGGGGCGGGCAGCCAGUGCUGUGUCAGCUAACACACAUGCAUCAGCAGAACCCAGGAAGUCCCACUCAUCAAGUUGUAAUGUGUCAGAAAGGGCAGAAACUCCAAGGUCAAAUAUUUCAGAAAGUGCUGUUGAUGAGAAUGCAGAAGGACAAGUGGAGGAGACAAAUGAUAAAGCAGAUAGUGUUGUGUCUGUCAGAACAAAUGUGUCAGCAAAGUCAGGGAGAUCAAAACAGUCUGAGGGCAAUGUGUCUGAGAGAGCAGUUACACCAGAAUUUGUAACAUCAGAUAAUCCUUGUGAUGAAGCAGCAGCACCAGAGGCAACCACAGAAAGAGCAGCUAGCAGUAUGUCCAAAAUCACAACAGCCUCUGCAAAAUCAAAAGCAUCUACAAAGUAUCAGUGUGGUGCUUCUGAGGGAGGAUCAGUUAAAUCAGAGAAGGUUAAGAGUGGAGAUACGGAAAGAACAACAAGUGCAUUGUCAGCAAAAACGAGAGCUUCUGCAGUAUCCAGAAACUCCAACAAAUCUAAAUGCAGUGCAUCUGGAGGUGCAAGAACUCCAGAGUCAGUGGUCUCUGAGAGCCCCACUGGUGAUAAUGGACAUGCAGAAAAAGCAGAUAGCAGUGGAGCCAGAGCAUCUACAAAGAGGGAUAGUGCUGAUAAUGAAUUAGAAGUGAAUGACAGUAGGGCUUGUAGCACAUUGUCUGUUGAUACCAAAGCUUCCAGCCGGUCAAAGAAAUCUGGUAAAUGUGGUUGCGGAGCCUCAGAGAGAGGUGGAACGCCUGCAUCAGACACAGCUGCUGAGACACAGGGGAUGACCAGUGCCAUGUCAGUAAGAUCCAAAGUAUCUGCUAAAUCACAACACGGUGCUUCUGAGAGAGCCUUAACACCCACAUCAACGGUAACCAUUUCCAUUGGACUGCCUGAGGAGCAGGCUGCAGGUGACAUGGAUGAAAGAGCUGGGAGUGCUGUAUGUGAAAAUUCACAGUGCUCAGUUCAAUCCGUAAAGUUAAAUAGCAAGUCUGACAGGAAUACUGUGUUAGAGCCUGUGGAGGGGAACCAUGACAUUUCUGAGAGAGCGGCCUCUCCGGCUUCAACUGCCUCACUGAUGCUCCCUGGCAGUGAGCCAGAGGUAGCAAGUAUAAAGUCUGCGAGCACAAUAAACUCCAGAAAACACAAACUGGAGCGCCAUUUAAAUGUUGAUAAUGACAGUAUGCCCUCAGUUAUGUCAAAAUCGUCUGCCAGCACUACAAAGAAAAAAUCCCCAGCUAAGCAUUCUCGACCUGCCAGUAAAGUGUCCAGUGUGUCAAUAUGUGUUCAGAAGGACACUGCACAUGAGGACGCUGAAAAGUCAUGUAAUGGAAUGCAAAAUGGAGACAUGACCCUGUCAGAUCAGGAUGAGAAAGCUUCAAGCAUCUGCUCCAAAUGCCUAUCAAAAGCUACAGCAGAUGAUGCCAUUUCAACUGCCACAUCAACGCCUGCUUCAAGUGCCUCAGCACGCUCUGCAUCAGGAAAAUCAGACAUCAAAGAUCAGGUCACCACAGCAGCAAAAGGAAGACCAAAAAACAAUCUGUGUAAUGGUUCCCCGCAUUUGCAAGUAAAAAGGCAAACAAGGAAGUCUGAAACCGGAAGCGACAAGAGGAGUGUUAACUCCCUAAAGACAAAGUCAAGUAUGAAGGCUCCUAAAACCGAUUUAAAAGUUGAGGGAACAGCAAGCCUGAAUUCCAAUUCACAGCACUGUCCAAGUCCACCGAAAGGGACUCCUAAGAAAAGACCCAACUUAUUGCUCGGUGCCUCAGGUGACAGUAUCUUGUCUCACUCGCUCUCUGCAGCAGAUCUGCUUAGGGAAAAUGCUGCCAAUACAAGACCGGCUACUGGAAGAUCAAAGUCCAGCGUCUCUAGCAAGACAUGCAAUGGUGUUCUUGAAGCAAAGGACAGGGGCACGAGUAUAAAGGACAAUAAAAGUGACAGGUCAAGUAAAUGCAGACACAAGAAAAGUGACGGCUCACAGCAAAAGCAGGAAGGUGAAAUUUCAGGCAUACUGCCCUGUAGUUUACCAAAUGCGUCUCCGACAGAGGUUGUGAAUGAAUGGUUGAAAAAAAUACCAUCAGAUGGUUCUAUGUAUGAAAUGGGUGAUGACUAUCAGGAGAAUUGUGAGGGAACAGAAAUUCAGCAGAGUCAGGCUGAAUCUGUGGUGGAGCAGAAGGAAUCGAUGGAAUUGACUGAUGACGUAGGUAAAGGUGAGGGGCUAAACGAAGAGGAAAAUGAGCACCAUGAGGAAGCUGAGCAGGCAAAAGAGGAAAAUGAUGAGUCCUGCACUGAAGAACCAACAGAGCCAAAGCUCCCAGAUGCUGAGGACCUAUAUGCUUCUGAUCCUAAAUGUCCCAAAACAGAGACCUUACCAAAGAACUGUCAUUCCUCAGUUCAGGUAAUGAAGAUCCUGUUGAGCUCCAAACUCAAUCGAUGUAACAGUCUACCCGAAGUGUCCCCGGUAUAUGGGAGAAAGCUCAGCUCCUCAGCCCAAGGCCUGUUGGACUGCCUUGCCCAACUUCAGCUUGUGGGCUUAGGUCCUGCAGGUAUUGAAGGUAACAACAAGAAGUAUCAGGAGGUGAUGAACAUCCUGCAGUCUCUCUGGCUGUCUGAGCCCUCGGACAGUCAGCAGGCAAAGCACAAGAACAAUUUCAAAAACCAUCACAAGGAAGAUGAUGAAUAUAACCCCAGGUCUUCCUCUGGAGUAGAUGUUAGCAGUAGUUCAGCAGGCUCUGGCAAGAGCCUGUGCGCUGUGGAUCAGGUGCAGAAAAUGGGGUCAGCACAGGGAAGAGUUACACCAGUUAUGGAACAGGAUACACAGCAGGAGUUACAGGAGGAACCUGAAGUGAAUGAAGGAAAGGAGGGCUCUCCAGUCUCCUCACCCAAACCAGCACUAGAUGAAGAAGUACCGGAUGAAAUUUCUGACGUAGCCACUCCAGACAUUGCCAGUCGAGUGCAGGGCAGUCCAUCGAAUGAAGAAGCAGAGAUUGAUAAAAAGAAGUGUAAUGAAGAAGAGGGCCCGGCUUCAGAUGAAAUAAUCAGAAGCAAUGAAAUUCCGGAUGUAAUAGAAGCACCUUCCUCAUCAAAUAAGAGCUCUGGGAAUGACAGCAAUGAUUUAAAGUCAUCGGGUCAAAAGGAUGUAAAUUCUGGGACACCUCCAUUUGUGGAAAAAGCACAAUUGACCAAAAGAGUUUCCCAAGACCCAGAUCCCGUUUGGGUGUUGAACUUAUUAAGAAAAAUAGAGAAGCAAUUUAUGACCCACUAUGUUAAUGCAAUGACAGAGUUUAAAGUACGGUGGGAUUUGGAUGACAGUGUCAUGCUUGAUACUAUGAUAAAUGAACUGAGAGAUGAGGUUCAGAAAAGGAUACAAGCAAGCAUUGACAGAGAACUGAAGAAAAUACAGAGCAGAGCCGGGAGAAGUCCGAGGCCACCCAUGCAAAACAUGUCGAGAGAGUCAACACUGCAAACCGAACAGCGGCGUCGACGCCUGAAGGUCAUGCGCAACAAAUCCAUUAAUCCCUCCGUCUCGAUAAGCGAAGGGAACUUCACUGCCACUGUAACUGAUUAUAGUGACCAGCGCAGCGAGGAUGAAUACUGCCCCUGUGACACUUGCAUGAAGAAGAAAAUGGCAUCCAGAGUUGUGGAGCCUGAAUUCGUACAGCCGGCUCCUGUGCUAAUGGCUUUCGAUCUCAGGAAAAUCCUUCAAAUGAAACAGCAACCUGCGAACAAUCAGAAAGUGCAAGAAAAAACUGAUGAGGCCAAAGGCAAUGGAAACCAGGAUGAAAAUGAAAACCUAGAGGCAGUGGAUGAAGAGGCUGAAGAGGAGAAUGAGGAAGAGGAACAGGGACGUGAUGCUAAAGCAGCUAAUGAGGAAGCACAAACAGAAAAGGAGGAGGAAAACAAGGUGGCCAAUGAGCAGGACAUGCUAGAGGAGACAGCUGAAGAUGACUGUGCUGUUGAGGAGGUGGAGGGGGGCGGUGCUGUAGAACAGGGGUGUGAUUCAGAAGUAGCAGAAAAUGAAGAAUUAGUUGAGAGUCAAAAUGAAGACACCAGGGGAGAUGAUGGUGAUCACACUGCUGAAGCUGGCGAGAACUGUGAGGAAGUUGAUGCGGCUGAGGAGGGCAGUACAGUGGAGGAGGGUGAAGCAAAUGAAGGGGCGGAGGAGGGAAAUGAGGCCUUUGAAACAUCUGAAACAGGUGAAGUCAACACGGCUGACAAGGGAGAAUCGACAGGAGACGAAGCAGCAGAAACAGCUGAAGAUGCUGCUGAUAAUCAGGUUUCAAAGGAGGACAAUGAGGCAGAAGGAGAAGCUCAAUCAAACAAAGGGGAAAAUCCUGGAGAAGAGAAGGAGGAUGUAGAGCAGGAAGUGCCUGAAGGAGAGUCUGCUGGAGCUGAGGCAGAGGGCAAUGAGGAAGGCUGCACCCAAAGCCAAGAUGCUGAAGCAGAGGAGGAGGAUGUGGAUAAAACUGCUACAGAGGACAAGGAUGGGGCAGUGGAAGAGGAAGAUGCUACUGCAGCAGAUGAUCACAAACAGGGUACUGAUGAGGAAGACAGAGAAAAAUCAGGGCAAGACGGGGAAGAGGAAUCUGAAAAUCAGCUGGCUCGACAGAUGACUAAAUCCUCUAUUAUGUCCCAGCAAGGAUCAGUGGAUGAUUCCGUAGAGCUAGAGACAGAGGCUGGGAAUACAUAAGGUUCCUAUGGAAUCUCAAGAAUGUGUCCAGCUUCCUCAUAGGAGGAGGAUUAAGGGACUUGGUGCUCUGGCACUGAGGCACCCCCAAAUGGACAACUUGUCAGCAAGCUCAUAGCCAGGCAUCUGGUUACUCCACUGAAAAAAAUCUACCAGAUCCACCAAAUCCAGAAAGCCAA